GGGGGACAUUUUAUACAUUUAAUUUACGGGAAUCCCUAAGACGGUUUCAUGUAUAAAUACAGUAAUAGUAGUACUAGAUAGAAUGGUCAUCAUUAGAGUAAUUAAUCACUUCACUCUCCAAUACACUGAAUACCUCCCACAAGUCGUCUUCACGUAGCCUUUUCAACUGAAAAAUAACCAAUCAAAGUAAGAUCUAGCUGAAGAUUCUGCAACACAAUGGUGAGAAGCCCAUCUGUUGACAAGAACGGAAUGAAGAAAGGUGCGUGGAGCCAAGAAGAAGACAACAGGCUGAAAUCCUAUGUUCAAAGAUAUGGCCAUUGGAACUGGCGACAACUCCCUAGAUUCGCGGGUCUGAAUCGGUGUGGCAAAAGUUGCAGAUUGAGAUGGGAGAAUUACCUGAAACCUGGGGUGAAAAGGGGAAAUUACACCCCGGAAGAGGAUGAACUCAUUCUUAAACUGUAUCAACAAUAUGGAACCAAAUGGUCAGUGAUAGCAUCAAAAUUGCCGGGAAGAACUGACAAUGACAUCAAGAAUCACUGGCACACUCAUUUGAGAAGGAAAUCAACAUUAUUGAUGCAAGAAGAUUCCAAGUCGCCAACUGAUGAUCAUCAUCAUGAAGAUUCCGAAGGAUCUUCUUCUUCUUCUUCUUCAAUGUCGACUGAAUUUACAACAGAUUCUAUGCAACGGAUAGAGCAUAUGGAUCAGACUAAUAACAACAAUUCCAACAACAUUGCUGUCGCUGCUGAUCAUGUUGGUCAUACUAAUUACACUGAAGAAGUAUCAUCAUCGUUGAGCUUCGACGAGCCUCUAAUGCAAUUUGACUGGAGUAAUGGUGAAGAAUGUAUGAUGAGCGCUUCAAUGGAAUCCAUCAUGAAAUACCUUGAUGACAAUUCCUUCUUGACUAGUCUGCCGUUAGAUUUGCCAAAUUUGUCCCGCAACAAUAAUGAUAUUAUUGAUCAUGAUGAUCAUCAGCAGUUAUUCUCCGCUGGGGCUACUACUAAUUUAGAGGAAGAAAUAAUGCGCCCUUAUAGCACUCCUACUUUUUUUGAUGAGGUUAACAUUGAUUGCUGGCUGCAGGAGUUGUUGGAAUAA